AUGAAGUACUUGAAAGAUCCUGUAGCUGGCUCAAUGAUCGUCAAUAUCAAAACGAAUGAUGGAAAGGAAGAAACAAGAUUAAUUGCAACAUCGUGUUUGUUAAUAACGUCAGGGACUCGGGCGUGCAGAAACUGCACGUAUGCUGCAAAGCUUUGGCACAACCGCGAAACCAAGAGAAACGCGAAGGGUGGAAGUCUGCACAAGAAAUGCAAUGUUUGUUUUCUGGCAAGAGGUGGAUUAGAAGAAAAGGUGUGCAAGCAGAGAAAAGAGAUACGGAGUGAUAGUGUGAGAGAGAAGAGAGCAAUGGACGAAAUGAUCGAAUUUUCCGAAAGUGACUGUGUGAAUGUGAGGAAAAUAGUGGAUAACGUUGACAGCAAAGACGUCCCAGAAGACAUGGCACUUCUAUGGGAAAUGCAGAGAAAGCAGUUAGCUUCGAAAUCUCCAGCUGGUUAUCGAUGGCAUCCAAGGUAGGUAUACUUAUAAUUAUAUGCAUUAGAAAAUAAGUGCCUUAAAUGUGCUUAGAAUCAGCGCAGGGUUUCACUGAUUAAGAUCGACGUUAUCCCGUAAAAGUUACACUUGUAAUUUUUUUAGAAUUGUGAGGUUUGCACUGGAUAUCUACUGCAAGAGUCCCAAAUCAGUUGACGCAAUGCGGGAAUUUGUGAUACUACCAAGCAAUCGUCUUAUAAGGUAAAUUAUCACUGCACUAAAUAUAUUUUAUAUUAUACGGGGUAUGAUUGAUUAUGAUUAUGAAAAGAAUCAGAAGGCCUAUUCUGACGCAUAUUUCUAACAUAAAUCCUUGACAAGUUUUUACAUAGUCAUUGGUCACAUGAAUGCAGAUGUGCAUGUGAAGCAUUAGAGUGGAUUAUCAUGUUACAAAAACAACUAAUUAUAAACUCUCUUAAAUAUCCUGUGUCUUAUAUUGUAGAUACUACAAGAACUGUGUAAGCCAGCAAGCCAGCAACCAGGAUGGAACACAGAAACGAUUGAAUGGUGCCGAAAGGAAGCCGAGCGAAAAAAACCUCAAGUCUGCAGACUAUUGGGGAGGUCUGGUUGUCGGUGAGAUGAAAAUACAGGUAUACUGUAUGGGUGAACAGGACAGUAUAAUUUUCUAUGUUAUACAUUAG